ACUCAAUUUUGUUUUAGGUGUGGAAGAGUCUAUUGGAGGGAAGGGUGAGCAGUUAACUUAAUGCCAGCGCUAGUAGCUUGACGAAGAAGGUGCGCAGGUUAAGAGAUUCUUCUUCGGCGAAGUGGGCGUAGGUUAAGAGAGAGAGAGAGAGAGUUUUGGCCCAAUUGUCGAUGCGACUAGCUCCGCGAUGUCGAGGAUGAAGCAUCUGCUGCGAAAGCUUCACAUCGGCGGUGGUUUCAACGACCACGACCACCACCAUCACCACCGAUUGGCGACCGACGCUCGUCCUUUGGCCGAUCCUCCGCCGCCGCAAACGACCUCGCCGACUCCGGCUUCGGCUUCGGCUUCGGCUUCCUCUUCUUCGUUGGCGGCGUGUGCGCCGGCAUUGGCUAGAGCAGGAGCGGCUGAUUUGGCGGCCGAUUCCGUCGAUUUCAACUUCUUUGAAGAGGAAUUCCAGAUGCAACUUGCCCUAGCGAUCAGUGUUUCUGAUCCCGAUGCACGCGAUGACCCCGAGACCGCCCAGAUCAAGGCCGCCAAGCAGAUAAGCUUGGGGUGUGCGGCUUCCGAAACCCUCGUUGAAUCCCUUUCUCUUCGGUAUUGGAGUUAUAAUUUCUUGAAUUAUGAUGAGAAAGUGAUGGAUGGGUUUUACGACGUUUAUGCUAUUACUUCAAAUUCAGGCAUGCAAGGGAAGAUCCCGCCUCUGCUAGAUCUGCAAGCGAUUUCUGUUUCAGAUAAAGUUGAUUAUGAAGUUAUUUUAGUGGACCGUGCUGUUGAUCCUGCCCUGCACCAGCUCGAGGAAACUGUAUAUGCAAUGUCUUUGGAACUCCAGCUAUUGGAACAGGUUCCAAUUAUUAGUCACUUGGUCCAAAAAAUUGCUCUUCUCGUUGUUGAUCGGAUGGGCGGUGCAGUUUGUGAUGCAGAAGAAAUGAUGAAGAAGUGGACAUUCAGGAGCCAUGAACUGCGUAAUUCUCUGAAUAGUAUCAUUCUUCCCCUUAGCUAUCUUGAUGUUGGACUUUCUCGCCACAGGGCAUUGCUCUUUAAGGUACUUGCAGAUAGGAUUAACCUCCCUUGCAUGCUUGUCAAAGGAAGCUAUUACACUGGCACUGAUGAAGGAGCUGUGAACCUAAUUAAAUUUGAUGAUGGAAGUGAAUACAUAAUUGAUCUUAUGGGGGCUCCCGGCACACUAAUUCCUGCUGAGGUACCCAGUGAUCAUCUUCAAAGCACUGUUUCAAAUAUAAGGAGUGGCACUAGUAGUUCUGAAACUAUUAAAGAUUUUUGUCCGGUGCUUGAAAAAGGAAUUGGGACAGGAGUAGUCUCACAUGAUCUUGGCCAAGUUGCUAAAGUUGGUACUUCAAGUUCAGUAGAAGUAUCUUUCUCAGGCAUUCAGUCAAAAGGCAAUGUACAGAACCUUCAUGAGGAAAAUCAAACCAAGAAGUUUGAGAAUGAUUUCAAUGAGCUUCUUCCAUUACUAUGUAAAUCACAUGAAGACUUGUCUGGCACCAGCAGGAAAGCAUCAGAUGCACGAAAAAUGAAAGUUGAAGAUGUCUCCAAGUACGUGAUCAGUGCAUCAAAAAACCCAGAGUUUGCGCAAAAGCUUCAUGAGGUUUUGCUAGAGAGUGACACGGUGCAAGCUCCAGAUUUGUUUUCCAAUAGGAAUCCUUACAUCCUGGGAGAUAUGGAAAUGCUUGUAAAAAUGAAUCUUCUUAAUGAGGAAAAAGUGGAUGCUGGGCAUCAAAUUUUUCAAGAAAUGUUCUUGUCCAGCAAUGAACAGUCUCUCAUUCCCUCUCAUGUGGCACAUCCCUUUGAUGAUGACCAUUAUGACAGAAAACAACAGCACCCUGCUGAGCAUGUGGUUGAAGAACAACUGCAAUCAGCUUCUCGUGUAGUAGUUAACUCUGGACAGUCAUUAUCUUCAGAUAGUACAAGUGAAGGAUUUGUGCUUGUUACAACUAAAGAAAUGGACCAGACUGAUGCUGGUUUAGAACUAGCUCCCAUUGAUCCAUCCAGAAUGGUUGUAAGGGCUUCAUAUGGGGAAGAAUCUGAAGAAUCUACCAGGCCCUCUCUUGGUAACAUUGAAACGGCUAAAGUAUCUUUUGACAGAUUGAUGGAAACAACAAAUGGUGGGUCCCCACUUGCUUUCAACACCCAGAAUGAGAGGAUUAACCCAUCAUUAGGUGAUGUUUCAGGCUGGGAAAUUUCAUGGGAGGAUCUACAGAUAGGGGAACGCAUUGGAAUUGGAUCAUCUGGAGAGGUUUAUCGCGCAGAUUGGAAUGGCACUGAAGUUGCUGUGAAGAAGUUCAUGGACCAAGAUAUAUCAGGCGAUGCACUUGCUCAGUUCAAAUGCGAAGUUGAAAUUAUGUUGAGGUUGAGACAUCCUAAUGUUGUUCUUUUCAUGGCAGCGGUCACUCGGCCACCAAAUCUUUCUAUACUGACAGAGUAUCUUCCGAGGGGAAGCUUGUUUAAGCUACUUCAUCGUCCCAAUAAUCAACUUGAUGAAAAGAGGAGAAUGCGAAUGGCUUUAGAUGUGGCUAAGGGAAUGAAUUAUUUGCACGUCAGCCAUCCUACAAUUGUGCAUCGAGAUCUUAAGACUCCAAACCUUCUUGUUGAUAAAAACUGGGUUGUUAAGGUCUGUGAUUUUGGCUUGUCGCGCCUGAAGCACCAUACGUUUCUAUCAUCACAGUCUACUGCUGGAACGCCUGAGUGGAUGGCACCUGAAGUCCUCAGGAAUGAGCCAGCCAAUGAGAAGUGUGACGUGUACAGCUUUGGUGUGAUAUUAUGGGAGUUGGCAACUUUACGGGUGCCAUGGAGUGGGAUGAACUCGAUGCAGGUAGUUGGAGCUGUUGGGUUCCAGAAUAGACACCUUGCCAUUCCAGAAAACAUCGAUCCAACAGCUGCACAGAUAAUAACUGAUUGUUGGCAUCCUGAUCCAGAAUCACGGCCAAGUUUUGGAGAACUCAUUUCCCGUCUGAGGCGUCUUCAGCAUCUUCAGCGACCGGCUGUUGGGGGAACUCCAACUCCUUCAAACUAAAACAAUAAGCAGCAGAGUGCUGCAUCGGUAGCCGAAGAGAGAGAGCCCAAACGGGGGAAGUUUGUUUGUUUUAGUUGCAGAAGCUCAAUAGGUGUAAAGAAACACAAAGAGGAAGUUGGAUUGGAUUGGGAAGUGUUGGUUCUCAUUCAAAGGGAAAGGGGGUCAGCACAGCCAAUUCUAAAUCAAGAGUGGGCAUCCUCCAACUCAUCAUGUGGCUGCAAUGCAAGUGCCGGGAUUGGAUUGGGGAUGAUACCCAUUUGGCAGUCGAAGAAGUAGGUAAAAUCGCUUAUUAUGUAUCCAGCAGUCAAAUGAAUAAUUAAUUUAGAAUAAAUAUGAAAGGAGAAACAAAAAAACCAAAAAAAGAAAGGAAAGAAAAGAAGAGAUAACAGAUGAAGGAAUCCCUCUGUAAGAGAAUCCAGAGGAAAAGUGGGGGAAAAGAAAGUCUUUUUAUGUUCUGCAGUAGCAGCUAUUGGUGGUAAAUUUUAAGUGUCUAUAUGUGAUGGCAGUCUUCCCCAAAAAGAAAAAGAAAAGGAUAAACAAAAAAAGAAAAAUGUUGUAUUUGUCUGCGGAGGUUCUUUUGUAGAGGCAAUUGGGCUUCUUAAUUGUAAACAUUCGAUCUCUGCAGGCUGUCUUGCAAACAAACAGAAACCAAAAAAAAAGAAAGAAAAAAAGAAUGAAUAAGAAACCUUUUUCAUCA